UAGCGCCAGCGGGCGCUGCGGCCGCGGCGCCAUCUUGGGGACGCGACGGAAUGCUCUGACGAGGCGUGUUUCUCUUUUACUUUUCUUCCUGUUAUUUCGCACUCGCGUUUUUUGCGUUUGUAAAUCGCGAUUUGGAAGUCGCGCCCGCGCCUCGAUGUCGAUCGUCGGCGUUCGAAUCGUUUGAUCGGAAGGCGGAACGUGUCCGUCGAGAGAAACGUCACUGAGGUUAGGAAGCGUCCUACGGUCAUCGCUACGCGAUGGAUCUGUCAAAGGUGCCGAAUGAGAAGAAGCUGCAUCUUUGUAAAUGGUACUUCCGCGCUGGCUUUGCACUGCUGCCAUUUUUAUGGGCUGUGAAUGCGGUUUGGUUUUCGAAAGAGGCCUUUGUAGCACCACCUUAUGAGGAGCAGAAGCAGAUAAAGAGAUAUGUCAUCUUUUCAGCUAUAGGAGCGAUUAUUUGGACAGCUGCCUUAUUGGCUUGGAUAAUUGUUUUUCAAACUCAAAGAGCUGCAUGGGGUGAUUUUGCUGAUGCCAUCAGCUAUAUUAUUCCUACUGGCAUUCCUUGAGACUUUGUAUCAGUACGGGAUAAUUUGUUGCCGAAAUGUGCAUUAAACAAUUGUACAUUAAAAUUUGUAAUAUAUUUAUGUUGUAAUAUAAUUAUAAUUACGAACUCACAUGGUAACAUUUGAUAUUUAGCGUACAGUAAAAAAAAUAACAUCUUU